AUGAAGGACAGUGACUUGGAAAUAACGACAUGCGAUGCAGGUAACGAUUCAUCUCCUCACCGACCCGAGCAGGAGAACAACUAUGACUGUUCACAGUACUCAGAGAAGCCCGAGGAUCUCACAAGCUGGCCUCGUUGGCGAAAGUGGUCAAUAAUGGGCUGCGUUGCUGUGAUGUAUAUGUUAGCUAACUUCGGGACUAUCAUCAUCGUCCCAGCUGUACCACUCAUUCUGUCGCAGUUUCAAGCCUCAGGGAAUCUCUAUCAGCCCUUGAUCGUCUCUAUCUGGGAGCUAGGCGAAGGUGUCGGAUCAUUUGUAGUCGGGCCGUUGUCAGAGCAGUACGGGCGGAACGUCAUCUACCAUGGCGGUAACAUCCUCUUUAUCCUCUGCUCUGUUGCGGCCGCACUGAGUCAAAGUGUCUCCAUGCUGGUAGCUUUCCGUUUCAUUAAUGGUAUGGCCGUCACCUCCCUUACCCUCGCUCCGAGCAUUAUCGGAGAUCUAUUCGUCCAGGAGGAACGAGGCGCCGCAAUGGCGGUGGCCAUCGCUCUUCCUUUAAUCGGGCCCUGCAUAGCCCCAAUUGUUGGCGGAUUCGUCAGCAGCGCCCUUGGCUGGCGAUGGACUAUCUGGAUAAUGGCGAUAGCUGUCGGCACUGUAUCGCUAUUGUCCCUAGCGGUGUUCAAGGAAACCUACCGAUUCAAAAUCCAGCAACAAUCGCGAAAGUCGACAGAAAAGCAACAAGACCGCAGCGAUGGGAAUCACAAUAUUCCAUCAUCAAGCAGCCACCCUUCUGCACCCCGAGACACAGUUCUAAAAUCUUUUGCCCGCCCGGCGCGGCUACUCUUCUCCUCUCCGGUGGUGCUCGUCACGUCCCUUUACACAGCGUUGACGUACGGAAUCUCCUACCUAAUUCUGACAACUCUGGCAGAGAUCAUGCAGAAAACGCGUGCGAUGGAAGGUGAGUCGAAGCCGGAACAUCGCCUCCCGCUGAUGAUUUUCGGCACGGCUAUGCUGCCCGUCGGCCUGUUAUUGUAUGGCUGGUCAGCAGACAAACACGUCCACUGGAUCGUACCCCUCAUCGGCACCGGCAUCGUCGGGUUUAGUAUGCUUCUGACCAAGCUGCCCACGGAAAACUACCUGGUUGACGCGUUCGACGAGCAGGGUGUCUCUGCCUCCGCUCUGUCCGCGAAUGCCACCCUGUGUGCGCUCUUCGGGGCUUUCUUUCCCCUCGCUGGCCCGUCGCUAAAUCACUCACUUGGCUUGGGCUGGGGAAACUCCCUCCUGGCGUUCCUGUCCUUGAUAUUUUUGCCCCUGUUUACUGUGCUGUGGUUCCAUGGGGAGGGAUUCAGGAAGUUGGGGUGGGGGUAUCUCCGAAGGACCGAUACUACUGCGAACCUUACAGAAGGUUAA